AUGGGAAAAUCAAUGCGGGAAAAACUUGCCAAGGAGAAAAUAGAAAAGGGAGAACAUUAUGAAGCACAUCAAUUAAUCAAGUCAAUUAUAAACAAAAAAUUGCUUAAAAAAGACUUUACUGGUUGUAUACAUGUUAUAUUUUAUUUUUGUCCUAAAUUUGCCAAAGCAGAACAGUAUGUUUUAUUAUGCGAUUUAAUGUAUCAGUGCUGUAUCAUUCUAAUACAAAAUGAACUACCGUUUAAUAUGGAUUUUGCAAAUAAAAUAAUAGAAAUUUUUGAGAAGUGUCCUCCUAAUUCAACUGAUGAGAAAUAUAAAUUUAUGAACAAAUCAAUAACUUGGUCAACAAAUGAUGAUCACAUUUUUGGAUAUGCAGGUUUCCAUAAAGCUAUUGGUAAUUCUUACGUUGAUGAUAAAAAAUUUGCUUUAGCACAUAAUCAUUAUAUUUACCUAGAUGACAAUGAAAUUUUAUAUAAUGUAAUUACUAUGUGGAGAAAAGAAGGUUAUCCCAGUGAAUUUGAUUUUUUUGUUUUAAGAACAACUUUAUGUUUAAUUGUUUUAGAUAAGUUUCGACAAGCGUUAGAUCUUAUAAAUAAAUUUGAAACAAACCUAAAUAGGCAAGAUGUUCCCUUGCCUGUUCAGGUAGCUUAUUUAAUUACUUGUUCAUGUAUAUACAAUAGUGAAGCUUUAUAUGACGACGUUAAAUAUAGGUAUAGACUAAUAUUAAGUUAUGAUCCUGAAUUUAAAAAAUAUACGGACAUAAUUGAUGCUGCUAUUUUUAAUAAAAAGAGGGUCAAUCUUUUUAGCAUGUUACAAAGCGUAUUUUCGUGA